AUCUUAUUCCAAGUGUUAGCCUUCUACCUUUUCUUCUAAGUUUUGCAUUUGAUUGAGGAUUUGAGGGAUUAAUAUGGGUUCCAAGUUUGCACAAGCACUUCUUGCAAUGCUGCUAAUUGCUUCGAUGGUGGCAUUUAGCACAGCCAGCAAGGACUGGCAGCAGCGGAACUACACUGGCUGGGGUUUCAACCAUGGUCCAUAUCACCUCAACAAGACUGAAGGACCCAACAAGAUCGUUGUCGGUGGCUCGGAAAACUGGCAUUAUGGUUUUAACUAUGCAGAUUGGUCUCUGAAAAACGCCUCAUUUUACGUCCAGGACACUCUAGUUUUCAAGUAUGAUCCACCAACCAACUCCACAGGUCCUCACAGCGUGUACUUGCUACCAAACCUCUGGAGCUACAUACACUGCGACUUAAGCCAGGCCAAGAUGGUGGCAGGUCCGACACAAGGAGGCGGUAACGGCUUUGAGUUUGUGCUCAAGAGCUGGCAGCCUUACUACUUCGCCUGCGGCGAGCAUGGCGGUGCUCAUUGUAAAGACGGAAUGAUGAGGUUCUUCGUCUUCCCAAAGCUUCGUGGCUGGCAUUAUUAAGAGUUUGAGAUGUGAAGAUCGAAGACCUUGAUGCUUCGUUUCUUGGAGAUAGAUUUUUAGUAUUCGAUUAAUACCCUUGAGCAAAUAACAGGACUUGGCAUAAAGUUUUGAAACAUUGUAGCACUACUAGUCCUAGCUACAUUUCCUGUAUAAUUUCUUUUUAGUGACAUGUUUAGUUAUGUGACCAAGUAUAACCAAGUGUAUGCAUGUUUCUACAAGUUUGAAAUUCUUCGGACAGUUUGUCUUAAUAAAAGAAUAGUUAA